AUGGGUAGAAGACAGAAUAAAUAUCAACAAGAUGUGUCUGAAGAUCUACCGGAAAGAGGACCUGUGGAGAGUCUGAUCUACUGGCGUGAUCCCAAGAAAUCUGGUCCGGUCUUCGGAGGAGUUCUCGUAGUUCUACUCGCUCUUACAUAUUUCUCUCUAAUCAGUGUGGUAGCGUACGUUUCACUCAUCGCCCUCGCCGUUACUUUAGCUUUUAGGGUUUACAAAAGUAUUGUACAGGCUGUUCAAAAGACUGGUGAUGGACAUCCAUUCAAAGAAUAUCUUGAACUCGAUAUAUCGCUACCACAAGAAAAAGUAAAACAGAUCACAGAAGUGGCCAUUGCACAUAUCAAUGCCGCCAUCGUGGAACUUCGAAGAUUAUUUUUGGUCGAAGAUUUGGUAGAUUCCAUCAAAUUCGCAGUUUUAUUAUGGACCCUUACUUAUGUGGGAGCGUGGUUCAAUGGCAUGACUCUAAUUAUUCUUGCUUGGGUCGCCCUCUUCACUCUUCCAAAAGUUUACGAAGUAAAUAAGACUCAAAUCGAUGCUAAUUUGGAGAUUGUUAGGACAAAAUUGGCUGAAAUUACUUCAAAGAUAAAGACAGCAAUACCAAUGGGCAAGAAAGCCGAAGAAAAGAAGGAACAAUAG